GCUUAGUGACAGUAUAAAAGAUGGCAGCCUGCAGGAAAGCUCUCACUCUGUGUAGACUAUCAUCUAGAAUAGAAUCGGCGCGAUUCUUUCACCGAUGGCAACGGCCGACGUUUCAGCAGCUGUACAAGUUGAGAAAGAUGGCGGGACCUGAAGCAGAAAAACCACGAUCGGCACAGACCAACUGGAACCGCGACGGUGAACUGUACGCGUUCGGCGAACGUCUCGGGGAGUUGUUAGGCGCGCGCACGCUAGAUCGCGCAUUCACGCAUGAGAGCUACGUGGCGCGCGAGGAGGAGGAGAGGAGACGCCUCGGCAUUGCAAGGGAGGAGGAGGAGGGAGGCAAGUUGGACGUAGAUCACAAUGGGGCGUUGAUCGAGCGGGGCACAGCGAUCGUUAGCACCUACACGAAGGCUUACCUGCGACACCAGCUCCCGAAUCUUCCCGAGGAAGGAAUAUGUGCCAUCCAUGAUUACCUCACAUCGGACAACAUGCUGGAAUACAUCGGUAGCAAUUUGGGAAUGAAAGACCUCAUACUAUCUGAGGAUUUUCCCGUGAGAACACACACCGUCGGACAGACGUUCAGGGCUGUAGUUGGAGCACUAGCGAACGACCAGGGGGAGGAGCGGGCGCAGCUGUUCGUUCAGGACUUUGUCCUCACGCAGCUGGUCAAUCAGGACGUCAGUGAGAUGUGGACGCUGGUCAACCCGAUGGGAGUUCUCACGAUGAUCCUACAGCAGAGAGGAAUGGUGCUGCCCGAGCCAAGGAUACUGCGAUCGACUGGUUCAUCAACGGUCGUCGCCUGCUACGUCGUGGGCAUCUAUAGCAACAAGCAGCUGAUAGGCCAAGCGCCGGGAGAGACGGAGAUCACCGCCGAAGAGAUGGCGGCCCGCGACGCCCUGGCGGGGAUUUUCGGAAUCCGGAACGCGGCGGCGACGCUAAAGCUUGGCACUGCGGGGCGCCACCUGACGAUCGACCCCGCCGCGAGAAACCCGUCGCUGGAUUCGCUGUGCGGGCGCCCCCUGGGGGGAGAUUCGGCAACCGUUUCCAUGGCAGCGACCUGAAGGGGGCGCUGGGUGUCGUUUUGCGUCGAUCGGUCACGCGGCUGUUCGGUGGGUGUCGUGGUCGUAGCGCGGCUUAAAUGCAGAGAGCCGGUAAAUUCGUUCUAGUGUGCAGGAUUACAUGCAGGGUAUUAGCCAGGGAUGAGUAUUGUGGGAGCGCAGAAAAAAUAUUUGGGAGUGCAAUUUUUUUGUACGU